AUGUCGUGGGUCUCUCAGGGAGCGCGGCUUACCUCGGGCAGCGGCCGGCAGUACCUGGAGCUGGAGCUGGGCCGCGGGGCGCUGCUGGUGCGGGAGCGCAUGGACCGCGAGGCUCUCUGCGAGCUGAGCCCCGCCUGCUUCCUCAGCCUGGAGCUGGUCAUCGAGCAGCCCAUCGAGGUGCACAACGUGGAGGUGGAGGUGCUGGACAUCAACGACAAUGCGCCCCACUUCCCCCGCCAGGAUUACCGGCUGGACAUCAGUGAGUCCGCCUUGCCCGGGGCCCGCUUCCACAUCGAGAGCGCCCAGGACCCUGAUGUGGGCACCAACUCUGUGCAGAGCUACCAGCUCAGCCCCAGCCGUCACUUUGCCCUGGACCUUAAAGGCUUUCAGAGCGGCAGCAAGCUCCUGGAGCUGGUGCUGCAGCAGCCGCUGGACCGGGAGCAGAGUGCCCUGCAGCAGCUGGUGCUCACAGCUGUGGAUGGUGGGGACCCCCCCAAGUCCGGCACGGCCCAGAUCUCUGUGCGAGUCGUGGAUACCAACGACAACCCACCUGCCUUUGACCGCUCCACCUACACCGUGAGCCUUCUGGAGAACGCCCUGCCUGGCACGCUAGUGGUCAAACUCAAUGCCUCAGACCCUGAUGAGGGUUCCAACGGGGAUGUGAUCUACUCCUUUGGCAGCUACACCCCAGAGAAGGUGAGGCAGCUCUUUAGUGUGGACCCACACUCAGGGGAGGUGCGGGUUAAUGGUACCUUGGACUAUGAAGAGGCAUCCUCCUAUGAGAUCUAUGUGCAAGCCACUGAUCAGGGCCCUGUCUCCAUGGCUGGACACUGCAAGGUGCUGGUCAACAUUGUGGAUGCCAAUGAUAAUGUUCCUGAGGUGGUCCUGACCUCACUGUACAGCCCAGUGCCAGAGGAUGCAAAGGCAGGAACUGUGGUGGCCCUGAUGAGUGUCACUGAUCAGGACUCGGGGCUGAACAAGCAGGUGAGUCUGCGUAUUCCCCCCGGCCUCCCCUUCGCACUCAACUCUUUCAAGAACUCCUACACCUUGAUCACCCAGGGCAAACUGGACCAUGAGAAAGCAGCAGCCUACAACAUCACGGUUACGGCUACUGACUCUGGGAGCCCUCCUCUGUCCUCCCAGAAGGUGAUCUAUGUGGAGAUCUCCGACAUCAAUGACAAUCCUCCACGCUUUGAGGAACCUGUGUACUCAGUUUACAUCCCUGAGAACAACCCCCUUGGAGUCUUGCUGUGCACUAUCAAAGCCACUGACCCAGAUGUCGCCGAAAAUGCCUAUGUGUCCUAUUCUUUACUAGAUGGGGAGAUCGAAGGGCUACCUGUUGCCUCCUAUGUCUCCAUUAAAUCCGACAGCGGCAACAUGUAUGCUGUCAGGUCCUUUGACUAUGAGACACUAAGGGAGUUCCAGGUGGUUGUCCAGGCCCAGGAUGCCGGGAUCCCACCACUGAGCAGCACUGUCACUGUCCACAUCUAUGUGAUGGACGAGAAUGACCAUGCUCCACAGAUUCUGUAUCCUACCUCAACCAACACUUCAGCAGCCCUGGAGAUGAUCCCACGCUCAGCAUAUGCUGGAUAUUUGGUAACCAAAAUUAUAGCCAUCGAUGGGGACUCAGGACAAAAUGCCUGGUUGUUCUUCCACCUGGUGCAAACCUCAGAUCCCGGUUUGUUCAGGGUAGAGCUCCAUACUGGGGAGAUUAGGACUACUCGCAAACUGGGGGAGGACAGCACACCUACUUUCAACCUGACGGUGGAGGUGAGAGACAAUGGAGAGCCACCAAUGUCCUCAUCAGUAGCCAUCACUGUUGCUGUGGUGGACAGAGUUUCCAAAAUCAUCCCUGAUAGAAGAAGGCACUUUAGAAGUCCAAGCAAUUACUCAGAGAUCACUCUUUAUCUCAUUAUCGCUUUGAGCGCCAUCUCCUUCGUUUUCCUUUUCACAAUCAUUGGACUUACUGUUAUCAAGUGCUACAGAUACAGUCUGUAUGGGGACUCCUGCUGUGCAGGGUUCUGUGGGGUCAGGGAGCGGUGCCCUGCUGACAUGUAUAAGCAGGCCAACAACAACAUCGAUGCUCGGUUGCCCCACGGUUUAAAAGUACAACCCCAUUUCAUUGAAGUGAGGGGCAACGGGUCUCUCACUAAGACCUACUGCUAUAAAGCGUGCCUCACUGCGGGGUCGGGAAGCGACACUUUUAUGUUUUACAAUACCUGUGGCCCGACAGGAACUACGGGUCCCUCCGCAGUGAUGACCGAGAGGCAUCUGACAGGACAGAGCGGGCAGAGUGCACAAAACCUGAUCAUACUUAAAAAUGACUCCAUUACUCCUAAUGAGCCAAAACACCCCAAUCCUGACUGGCGCUACUCUGCAUCCCUCAGGGCGGGAAUGCAAAGUGCCGUGCACAUGGAGGAGGCAGGAGUCCUACGCGGAGGACCAGGAGGGCCUGAUCAACAGUGGCCAACGGUCUCCAGUGCUACUCCAGAACCUGAGGCUGGAGAGGUGUCCCCCCCAGUGGGAGCUGGUGUGAACAGCAACAGCUGGACCUUUAAAUUUGGACCCGGCAAUCCCAAACAAGGUGGUCCUGGUGAGUUGCCAGACAAAUUCAUUAUCCCAGGAUCUCCUGCAAUCAUCUCCAUCCGGCAGGAGCCACCAAACAGCCAAAUUGACAAAAGUGACUUCAUAACCUUUGGCAAGAAGGAAGAGACCAAGAAAAAGAAGAAAAAGAAGAAGGGAAACAAGACUCAGGAGAAAAAAGAAAAGGGCAACAGCACCACUGAGAACAGUGACCAAUGA